UUUUACAGUUCGUCCGUGGCAGCCGAAACAACACCACGUAUACUAUCAAGGUGAACAUGUAAGAGUACUUUUUUAUCGAUUGUCCCACGGUCGUCAUCAACCUUGUCAAUUAGAUUAGGCCUACUUAAGUAAUAUAAAGUAACAUUCAACCAGAAAUCAUUGAAUCAUCAUUGCAAAUUUUGACUGAAAUGUCGCACUCUCUUAUCACUAGAAUGACCGCCUUUUCGCCAUUGCGUGCGACUGUUUAUUUUAUAACGGGGCUGAUUCUAUUCUCCUGUGUCAUCCAAUCUUCUUCCGCCCCCGCUCCGAAAGGGUUUAAAAAAUUAUUUGUGCAUGCAGCAAAAUCUCCCGAAGACGCCAACGAACUCAAACUAGACGACAACACUAAGCCUACGCAUGAAAAGCCGAGCUCUGUUCGUACUAGGUCCAUUUUCCGAGAUAUCAUGAGUCCAAGGGCUGUCAAAUCGGUUUUAGACAUUGCAAUGGACAAAAUGACAAUUUUACUGACUGGAGCCGAUAAUUUCCUUAAUGGGAAGUCCAAUAUCGAACCGAUCGACCAAUUCGCUUCAAAUUUCAACAUGCUCUUUACUUCACCAGGAUCGGUGGCUGUUAAUAAUUAUUACAAUAUAUUUGCUAACUUUUGGGUUAAUUUCGACGCUAUAUCUCAGUUCGUUCGCGGACUCGAAAAUCGAAUUGUGGUAAGAAGAGUGACAUCGUCAUCUGCAGCAGAUGAGGAAGAAGCCAACGAAAUUGUGGAAGAGACGUUGUUGUCACUUACAGCUGCCAACGCCCAACUAGAAGACUUAAAAAAUAACCUGAACAACUUACUCCGUCGUCAAGGUAUUGCGAUCGUUCAAGAAACUGCCAAAUCAAAAAGAGCUGACGUCGUGAAUGACAGCGAGGACGAAGACGACGAGGAAGAGGACGAUGACGAAGAUGAAAACCAAGAUGAGGAAAAUGAUGUCAACUCCUUAACACGUCAUCAAUUCAACUCACCUGAUGCUGCUCAGAUCAACAGAAAAUAUUUUACUGCUGAACGUAACGAUGACAGCAACGAUAUCGAAUUAUCGACCGUUUGAUAAGGGAAAGUAAAACUACAUUAAUUGUGCGUCCGCGUGCAGUCAAUGUGAUUUAAAAUCCCACGAAAAAUUUGAAUGUAUUUAACUUAUUGUAAAUAUUAUUGCGUAUUUUUCUGUCACUGAAAUAAAACAAAUAAAUCUUGAA